AUGAAUAAUGAUGAUUAAGAUGAUUGGUAUGACUCUAAUCUCAAUGAAAAAGAAAUUGAAAGACAAAUUGCAUAAAAAGAUGAAUAAAUUAUGAUCAAUAAAUUAGAAAAUGAAGGUUAUAGAGAAGGAUUAGUACGUACAACUGAAGAAGAAGAAUAAAAUUUAAUUAAUAAAGGUUUUAAUGAUGGAUUCAUAGCAGCUAAACAUUAAUUUAAAGUUGAAUAGACUAUUGAUUUAGUUUUAUAAAAUUCUAAAUUGUUUUCAUAGAACAUAGUAUUCAAAUGUGAAUAAUUAAAAUAAUUGUAAAAUUAUGAUCAAGUUGAUUUAGAUCAAUUAUUAGGAAAUUGA